AGUUGCGUCACCUGAAGCGACGUCUGUUUCUGGUCUCUGGUCUCUGUCCCCUGUCCCCUGUCCCUGGUCUCUGCCUCUCGUCCUCUUCCUGUGAGGCUGGUGGACUUAUUGUCAGCAUCCAUACUUGUGUCCCACCACCAGGUGGCAGCAGUCCUACUACAGCCUCUCCCCCUCUGUCUGUGGGGCUCCUGAAAGUAGAGUAUUACUUACUGCACUGUAGAGCUCUGAAUCAAUACUCACUCACGCAGAGCCUUCUCCAACAUCUGCAUUUGUGGACGUGGUGUUGAGUAGGUGGAGGUAAGGUACGGUUUACUCCGGGGGCUCCGGUUUUACCUGCUCUCAGUGAAUAUCAACUUCAUUCACUCAAAGAAAAAAAACUCUUGUCAGAGGUCCGCGGGGCGACCUCGGAGCCUUUGUGAGUCUGUGACGCCUACUGUGAGGACCCUGGAGCUUCGGGGGAUGGUGUCGCCUCCUGUAUCCGGAUAUUCAGACGCAGAGGCCGGCGGCAGGGACUUAAACCCACGACUCCUGGGUUGAGAGACACCGAAGACCUCCAAGAUGAAGACCAGUCAUUGUACCGGUCGAAAGCUCCGGUAGAGUGACUGCGCUGUAGAUAAGUCACUCUGUGAGCUGCUUGUUCUGUUGAUUGGAGGAAGAAGCAUCACUCUGGAUUGUUUUGAUGUUGAAACAGUAGAAACAUAAACCAACAGAGUGGAGUUUGUCUCUCUGUCUGUGCCCCCCCCACCCUCCCACCAUGAACCCUCUGAACCAGAUGAAGGGUGGACUGGGCAACAACCCACACAGUGAGGGUUCGUACCCCUACGACCCCUCCAGCUGGCAGCAGCCCACCAAUCAGCCCACAGGAUCCCUCUCCGUGGUAACCACCGUCUGGGGAGUGACCAAUCCCUCGGCCAGCCAGGGAAUGGGUGGAGGGGUGAUGGGGCCCGGAGCCAACCAAGGAGGGGGCCCCAUGAUGCAGGGCCCCAUGAUGCAGGGCCCCGGGGGUCCGGGCAUGUCCGGAGGGCCCGGAGGCUACAUGGGUCAGCAGGGCUACGGGGAGCCCAGCAAAGGCUACAUGAACCAGGGCAUGUACGGCCGCACCCCCGGGGGCUACGGAGGAGGACCGGGGGGGUACUCCAGCAGCUACCCGUCUAACGCCGGUGGAUCCAGAGGUUCUGACUUCACUCAGGCUGCUGCUGCCGCUGCCGUCGCUGCCGCCGCCGCCACCGCAACGGCCACCGCCACGGCAACCGUCGCCGCCAUCCAGGAGAAACAAAACCAGGAGAUGAACUACGGACAGGUGAGGAGGGGGGGGGGGCAGCCUCCCUCUGCUGGAGACUUCAGGUGUUCCAUGGUGCAUUCAGGUCCCGUUUGGGAAGUCGUUCUUCAGACUUCGUUGUGAUGUGGAGACAACAUGGACGCUGCAAAUAAGAAGUUUUAUAUUUUAUUGUUUAAACAACACGUUGAUAGCUGUUUCCUGGACGUUCACUGAAGGUGUGUUCACGCGACUAGAUUACAAAAUAAAUGCUGUAGGUGUUCAGAUCUCUACGAUACCUCAUAUUAGUGGAGACCAGACAAAACUG